GCCAAACGUGACAAAAGUGUAUUGAGAAUUCCAACCGCUAGUCGAGAAUAUCAAGCGAUGGUCGAGAAUAUUAAGCGAUGGUCGAGAAUAUUAAGGCCCAUCUCCACUAGACGAUUUUUGUGACGAUCGUCUUAAAUUUUCGCGACGACACAUGCGCAGAGGCAAAAAGCUUUUCGUUCGGACGAAAUUUUUGACGAUUUUGAUUCUGACGAAAAGUUUAAACUGUUUUAACUUUUCGUCAAGCGCUUUACAAUCGUCAAAAUUUUAGCCAAUCAAAUAUCAGAGAUGAGCAAACACUGCACAUGGCCAACCUAGCAGUUCAUAUUAAUGAUUUCAACAUGGCUACUAGUAACGAAGAAACAACAGAAGUUGAGUUAAUUAUUACAGAGCUUCCACACUCAUCAGAAGUGGACAGUCAGUCUCAAAAGUCCAAUUUUUCUGUGGAAGGCAAUACCUUUGACAAAGAAAUGUUUCUCCAAGCAUUAAGAGAAUAUAAAUGCUUGUGGGAUACCAGUGAUCCCAAUUACAAAAAUCGUAAUAUGAAAGUGAAUGCAUGGAAUGCAUUGUCAUCGUUGUUUAAUCAAGAAGUGGCAUUCCUACAGAAAAUUUAUAAAAAUCUAAAAGAUUCUUUAAAGAAAUGCCUGGACAAAAGAAGGUCCAUGACCAGAUCAGGUGCUCCUGCAGGAUGUCUACCUACAUGCAAAUAUUUUGAAUUGAUGCGUUUUCUUCAUGAGAAAACUUCCAAUUUGCCAACUCAUAGCAAUGUUGACAUAUCACCUGCAGCAUCCAGCCAUGUAAUUGAAACUGCUUGCUCUAUGUCACCAUUAUCGGUACCUGCAAGUCCGUGUACUCUAACAACACCGACACCUGAAAGACCUAUUGAUGAAAAUACUUCAAAAAAGCGUAAAAGACCUUCAUCUGAAAAAAGUGCUUAUGACCCAUUUUUGCAACAAAUCAAGCAAAUGGAUGAUCAACUAAUCAAAAUUGUUAACAAAGAGUCUGGAUGA